AUGUACCACAUUAAAAGGAAAGGCGAUAAGUGCGUCAGCCUGUCGUCAGUUUCGGUGCACCAUCGUGAACUACCUGGCUCUGAAGGCGCUGCUGAUGUUUUCGCCGCUGCUGCUUCCCAACAGCUAAGGCGCGGUGGCCACUCUCCUGGGCCGACUGCUAGACCAGCUUCCGUGGUGGCGCCUCUGCCUUCGGGUCACCAAGAAUGCGCUGCCGUUCGCUUUUCCCGGCAUGUACCACGACGUGUUCGUCAAGGAGCACAGCGUUCUGCAGCUGCACGCCUCGCUCAGCAAGAUGAAGGACCUGCUAGCUGUCUCCCUGGAAGACGUCGUCAGGCUGUCUCCCUGGAAAACGUCGCCUGGCCCAACUCCAAGGACGCACCUAUGGCGCUGGACAAGUUGAAGCACCUCGAUUUCGUCGAAUUCUUCUCCGCCUGGGUGAUGAGUGAAGAGGAACGAAGUGUGUUUUAG